UAAAGAUGGCUGAUCAAACAGAAGGGACCAAGUUUACCAGCCAUGCAGGUGGGAAACCCUCUUAUGAACCAGAGAAGUCCCCACUGGAAGCAGGAAAACCCACUAUUCACAGUCCCGAGAAGAGAAAGGCUAGUGAUGAGCCCUCACAACCAGCUAAAGCACAGAAAUUUGCCAUGAAGUUAGGCUCUAAAUCAGCAAACAAGCUGCCAAAUACCGAGUCGGCCAAUGAAAAGAAAGCUAAAGCAGCACCAAUUAAAAUCUCUCUCUCAUCACAGCCAAAGGAAGUAGCCCCUAUCUUACCCAAGACUAAGAAAAUAGCUUCUGUUUUUAACGAGGAAGAGAGUGAUGAAGAAGAGGAGAUGCCACCAGAGGCUAAGAUGAGGAUGAAGAAUGUGGGAAGAGAUACUCCCACAUCAACAGGUCCAAACUCUUUUGGAAAAGGACGGCUAGGAUUCAGUGAUAGAAACAGCCUGUUCCAGAAGGAAAUGUUGAAGCAAAUGAAUGAUGUGUGUGACGAUUGAUGAGGACUGAAAACUUUCUGGAGCUUAAUGAAAUUUCAAUUCUGACAGAUAAUUAUCUGGUGUACAUUGCACUGGUAUAUACAUGUAUGUAAAUAUUUAUGUGGAAAAAAAAAUUGUAAUAUUCAUACAUCUAGAUUUUCAACAAAAUACUGGUACAAUAUGCCAGUAAACAGUAUGAAAUUUUUACCUAUAAAAUGCUAAUGUGAGACAUCCAUAUACAGAAACCAACCUUCAAGCAAUGGAAGCUCUUAGAUUUUAGGACUUUUGUGUCAGUUAUGAAAAAUAGAUAUUCUGUAUCAGAAUUCCAUGAGUUGCAUAUAAAUUUUGUCAUACACAAAACCUCAAUAUUUCUAGGAGUUUCCAUAUGGAAGGAAUCUACGUACAGCCAUAUUAUCUAUAUGACCAAAACUUUCCCAUGAAAAAAGUAAUAAAUGUGUAACUAAAUCUGA